AUGAGGGUUGGAGUCGAGCUUAUUUCGUGCCUCUCCCUGGCCAUUGGUGCCCUGGGAGCUGCGCAAAGCAAUGUUCCGUGGCCGGCAAUCCCAAAACCCCAACAUGCCGAUUCUCCCAAUGGCCCUGUCCACGUUUAUCCUAGUUCUGUUAGGAAGGGUUUGAGCAGUGACUUUGUCAAUGGUAGCUCGGGGAAUGCAUUGGUAUUCCAGAGUGUUGGAGAUACUUAUACUUUGGACUAUGGCAGCGACGUCGCUGGAAAGCCAAUUUUCCAUGUCCAAGUUGCGGAGGGCAACCCUCAAAUCGAGGUCAAGUAUACCGAAGCUUUCCCGGGUCUUUUGAAACCCGAAGGUGACGGUCCAUUUGCGUUUGCAAACGGAUUGGCCGCUACGUUCCGAGUCGAGACAUUCAACAUUACCAAGACUGGAGAUUUCACUGGAUAUUUCAUUCAAGGCUCCCAGCGGUGGCAGUCAAUCAAGUUGAUCAGUGGGAAGAAAUUGGUUAUUAAACGGGCUGGAUUUGUUUCCUCCGUUGAUCAAAGCUCGUUGAACUCCAUGCCCGGAUAUUUCGCAUCUAGCAACUCGACCUAUACCGAUAUCUGGGCCCUAGGUCCUCGGACUCAGCAACUGGCUUGCUACCCGCCUGAAUCUCAAAGUUCGACUUGGGAGAUUACUUCAAAGGGUGCAUAUAUCCGUGGCCAAAAGCCUGCUACCACUGCUCGAGUCGUCAAUUUGAGCAACUACACCCUCUCCUUUGAGACACUGAUCGAUCGUGGUGGUACUGGCUGGCGUGUUGAUACGGAGAUUGAUGCUAUCCAAGCCACUGGACCUAUCUUCGUUCUUACUAGUGAAUACCCAUCGGGCUCGUUUGCAAACAUUGACACAACCCUCCUCCCACCGAAUACCCUGAUCCUCGGACGUGGCUGGUCCUUGCAAAACCAAACAAGUCUGCCCGGCUACGUCCUGGACAAGUUCCCACUCAAGUUUAACGUUACCGAGAAGACCUGGCACACUAUUCGUACCGAGUCUCCCGGUGACGAUACCUACACAGUCUACCUGGAUGAUCAGCGCAUUGCACACUUCAACAUUAGCUCUUACGGCCUCGCUGAUCCGAACCCUUACAUCCCCGGCGGUGUUUAUAAGAGCUUCGCUUUCGGUCCCUGGCAAGAUCAAGCUGCCUACGUGCGCAAUGUGAACGCCACUCUCAGCACCGGAGAGAACGUCUACAGCAACCCGAUGACAUCGAACGAUGUCCUGAUCGAGUACGGCGUUCAAACAAACAGUCAAUACACCUGCUCCGACUCUGGCAAACGUGACCGUUUCUCAUGGCUAGGUGAUCGACUCAUCUCUGCUCGCACAGUCAUGGUGGCCUCUCAACAAGGUGAAUACGUCUGGGGACCUGCGGAAGAAGCCUUCUCGCGACAAGUCGGGUCGGGUCAGAUCCCGAUUAACACGCUUUUCAGCCCGUUGGAUGCGGAGGGGACGUUGAUUCGGACGACGAAUGUUGAUCCGUUGAUUGUGGAUUACGAGUUUGAUUUUAUGCAGGUGAUUUAUGAUUAUUGGGUUCGUUCGGGGAAUGAUACCUUCCUGGAAAAGGCUUGGCCUCGCAUGGUUAUGACGACCAGUUAUGCGUUGGCUAGGUCUUUGGAUCAGAAGACUCAGUUGUUUGGUGCCCCGUACGGGAGUGCUGGAACCCCGUUGUCUGGUGAGAAGGGGCAGGCGCUUGGUCCUGCUAAUACGGUUUCCAUGAUUAUUGGUCUGGAGAGGAUGGCAGAGAUGGCCCGCUUCGUCGGUGACGAUGAUGCCGCGGCAUUCUACCAGACGCAAGCUCAGCUCUCGCGAACUGCUAUCGAUACCCUGCUCUGGGAUGAGACUGCUGGGUACUACGCCGCGACGGUGGGCGGAACUGGCUAUGAUCUCAUGGAUAUCGCGCAGGUCCUUCUAGCUGGUAUCGGCAGUGAGCAGCGUCAGGCGAGCUUCGUGGAGAAAUUGUCCACCCUGCAAGUUCCCGCUGGUUAUAUCAAUGGUACCCGGUUCUUUGAUACUCCCGGCGUCGUGGACGCGUACUACAUGAGCUUCUUGCUCGAAGGUCUCGCUGCUACGAAGCGCACCAAGUUGGCGCAGGACUUGUUGGAUGCUACCUGGGCACCGAUGGUGCAUCGCGAUCGCAAUUACACCGGUGGAUAUUGGGAGUACAUCAGCACCGACGGCACAUACCCCGGUCUCGACCUCUUCACCGGUAUGAGCCACUUCUGGGGCAGUUAUCCCACCGUCUUCCUCAGCGAGUACGCACUAGGCAUUCGGCCCACUAAACCCGGCUACACUACCUUCCUCUUCGCCCCACUCCCAGACUUCAAGACAGAAUGGGUACACGGCCGAGUGCCCACGCCAUCCGGCCUGAUCUACGCCGCAUGGGGAUACAACAAGCAAGGCAAGGUCGUGCUCGAAAUUACAGCACCGGCCGGACUCCAGGGCACCUUCGUUCCUCCAUUCUCGGGUCGUUACUCGGUAGGUAGUCAACAGGGGUUGUCGGGUAAUCAUACCAUUGCAGGGGGUGCGACGGUGGUUAUUGUGGAGGAAUAG